AUGUGAGUAACCUUUUGCAGAAACAGUGCUAUACUGUAUCUGAAAAAGUAUCACUCUUAAGCUUGGCUUCUGCUACUUUCAACAAAGGCCUUUAUCUACUUACUUGAUACAGGAAAAGGGGAAUUGGGGGACCUCAGUUGUAUUCAGUUUGUAUCCAGAAUACAACUUUCCUCAGCAUUCCUUGUCUUGAUGAUAUGGUGAAAUUAUAUGUUAAAAAAAAGUUUUAUUUGAAGUAUGGCAAACUUGUCCUGGGGCAAAACUUAAGAUCUUUCACCGCACAACUUGACGAAUUACAUGAGGAAUUUUGGCGCGAUUCUAAACCAAAGAAAACUAUGACUAUAUGUCAUGCUGCUGCCACAGCCCAUCCGCAUUUAUGUUUGUUGAUUUGUUUUUCUAUUCCCUAUGUAGUUUUGAAGCCAGUACUGGAAAGGGAACAUUCCCAAGGUGUUAGUUGAAGAAGCGUUGAUGCUUUGCACUUUUCUCCCAAGUCAGUUCCAACCCAUCUAGCCACAAAUACUGCUCCCAUCCAGGGGGACUAUCUGUAAUGUAUCUGCCAGCCACCUCCAGAUUUACCUAAUGCUUAAUAUGGCACGUAUUUCCAUGAUUACUUUUGAUAAUGAUGAAAGCUGCAAAAUUUUCAAGGGUGCAGUUAUAUUGUACCCAUCAAAAAUUUUAUCUGAAGUAUUGCUCUUAAGUCAUAUAUCAUUUCCACUUUCUAUUCCUUGGCUAGUCUGCUCUGCCCUGAUGGGGCAAGAAUGUCUGUUCUUGUUAUUGUGUUUGGUGAUAGGAUAUCUUUCAAUUUAAAAAGAGCCUUCAGACAUGCUUAAGGUUAAAAACACCUUUUCUUUCUUUUUGGUUUUAGGCUCAUUUCAAAAUUACAUUCACUAUUUUAGUGCAGAUGGAUGCCUUUUAUAGCUGAAAACAUUCAAUUGUAAUAGAAGAAAACUAUUUUAAAAGUAUUUCAUUUGAAAGUGAAAAAACAAAGUGAAUAGACAGACAGAAAUCUUCCAUCCAUGCUUCACAUCCCAAAUGACCUGGCGGGGCCAGGCUGAUGCCAGGAGCAGGAAACUGAAUCUGGGUCUCACACAUGGGUGACAAGAACUGAAGUGUUUGAGCCAACACCUGCUUCCUCCCAGUGUGCACAUUAACAAGAAGCUGCAUUGGAAAUAGACCUGUAACCAGGCAUUCUGAUAUGGCAUGCUGGAGUCCUAGGUGGUGGCUUAACUGCAGCACCAAAUAGUCAUCCCAGAAAAACUAUUAACAUGUAAAGGAAGCUUAUAAUGUGCUAGACAUUCUACUAAGCACUUAUAUGCCUAGUGUAUAUAAAUUGCCCAAAAUAAAAUCAGGGUUUUCAACUUCCCAGCUGUGUGACCUUGGACAAGUUACCUAACUUCUGUAUGCCUUACUGUCUUUCCUUUAUGUGGGGAUAAUAAUUGUGCCCACAUCAUAUUACCCUAUGAAGGUUAUGAAAAUUAAAGGAGUCAAUAUAUGUAAUUUAAUUCUCAUUUUAUACAUUAGCACACUGAGGUGGAGAGAGAUUAACUUGUCCAAGAUUAAAAGAUAGUAAGUGACAGAAUCAGGAUUUAUUUAUAGGCCAGGCUGAUGCCAAAGCCUGUGUUCUUGGUAAUUUCACCCUUUAUAAUGGGAUGAGAUUAUUAAUUGGCUUCAAAUAAGUGCAUUCAGUUAAGUAGUGUUUAAAAACUGUUCAAACACCUGGAAAUCAAAGCAAAUCAUAGUUUGUUUUUUAAAGACAAAAUAAUUCCUUCUUCAUAGUAAAAAGAAAUGUUUUUUCUUAAAUUGCUACCCAAGGAAGCACUUCUGUGUUAUUUAUCAUCAAUUUACAACCUAAAUUACAAAAUACCAAAUAACAGUAAGUCUAGGCCAGUGUGGUCUGGCCAUGGUAUCAGUGUGACUCCCACAGAACAAUGUCUUUUAACUGGAUGAUAAUGCUAUAGUUAUCUAAUCACUUUUUGGAAUCCAUUUGUAUUUGCAGCUGUUAACAUUCCAUCACUUGCACAAGUUCAUAGUCCAUGUAUUGGAUUGCAUUUUGCGCCUAAGUUUAUACUGAGGUUUUAAGAAGUCCAUCUUAGUUCAAGGAGUCCUGAACUUGUAAAUAAGUGUUAUGUGCCAAAAAAAUGUUCUGUAGUCAAAUAAAUUUGGGAAACAUUAAACAUCAUAAAGUUUCUUUAUGGCAUAACUUGCCAGAGUUCUUACAACCCAAAUGUGCUUUAAUGACUCUCUGAGAUUCCCAAACUUAUUUGACCAAAUAAAAUGUUGAGAGCAAGUUUUCUAAGAAUCCCAUUUAGGGAAAUGGUGUUCCAUUCAGAGAAAGUGUGAUUUUUAUAGGCUAAUGAUCUAAAUCCUUCUCACUCAGCUUUUGCAUUUUUCUACUGAGGAUGUUGAUAGUUCAUGCUUUUAUGAUGGCUUCUCUGGAUCUUCCUGCACUCUGAAUGGGGCACACACAAGUCAGGAUAAUGUGCUGAGGGUUGUUCACAUGCUCAUCCUGAUGAGAAUAUAUUUUUUAAGAUGUAUUUAUUUGAAAGAAUUACAGAGAGCGAGGGAGAGACAGAGAGAGAUCUAUGUGCCCAUAUGGGAUGCUGGAAUUGCAGGCAGUGGCUUAACACAACAACGGCCUCAGUUUCUACUUUGUAAAAUAGUAGUUGGUCACAGUUAAUAUCUUGUGUUUAAAAUCUAGGCUUUAAUAUAUUUUAUUUUGUCAUUACUCUUUACUGGGUUUUUGUUUAUCUCUCCUUUCCAAAGCUUUGGAGAGAGAGAGAGGCAGAACUGCUAAAUGGGGAAAAAUGAGUGAAAAAAAUACGUAAUAGAGUAGCAACAAGAUUAUGCCUAGACAAUUAAUCUCUACCAAUGGUUAAUCAUAACUGCCACUCUGGCCUUCCUUCAUUUCCCUCCCUACCCACCAUACAUAUAUUCACCUUCUCACAGAAACAUUGUAUGAGACUAAGAACUAUAUCACUAUUGCUGUUGAACAGCAUACCAUAUGUAUUUGGGAGGAGAAAGGACCUAUGAAAAGAGCAAAUUAAAAUGUGCAAAUUGAUUUAUAAUUAGGAUAUAAAUCUUUACUUUAGCUUAAACAUAAAUGUUACAGUAGCAACAUUUUUUGGAAGGCUCUGGACUGUUCAGUAAUAGUAUUAAGACAGGUAUAGAGGCCUGGGGAGGCAUUCUAGGCAUUUUAAGCAAUGGAACUAGAAUAUUAGCCUGGUAUUUAGGGGAAAAUGUAUUUCAAAUACAAUGGUAGUGGUGGUGCUUGCUGGAAUUAGAGAUGAUGUACACAGUGAGUCUGCAGGUUCAGGAGAGGUGAUAUUGACUUGGUUUAGGUCAAUUUGUUAACUUUUUCCUGGUCUGCAUUGUGGUAGGAAAGGUAGAAAGAAAAGAAAAUGGUGCUAUUGAAUCCAGAGAGGUUUUUUUGCCCCUCUGCCUUGGAAAAUUCAAAUUGAAACCUAUGCCUUUAUGGAGAAAAAGACUUCUGUAACAUCCUGCAGGAUCAUUAAAAUGAAACAAGAACCUGGAUGGAUGACUAUCAUUUGCUGUCACUCAUCUUCAAAUCACCAUGGCCCCUACAGGCUCAUAGCUUAGCAAUUCCAUGAGACUACCUUAAAUAUUUUUCCCUACAUGGAAAUUGCCUUCAGGAAAUGGCCAGCCGCUGUAAGUAACCUGCCUUAGUUAACUUAUAAAUAGGUCCUUUGCCCUUAAAACAAACUUUUUAUUUCAAGUUAGAAAGCCAGCAAUAUUAUUUGACCUUCAAAAUGUUACCUUUUAAAAUGGAAAGUGCUCAGAAGGGGCUUUUACCUGGGGAAUGUAUGGCAUGCACAUUCUAUGGCCACUUACUGCUUUGUGAAUUCACUGCCCAGCCUCCUGUAGGGCCUGUCCCGCAUUUCCACUGAACUCCUCACCUAUCCAAAUUCUUGAAUGCUUUCAGUUAAAAGUUAGCAUUACCCGAAAUCUCUACCUCAGUGUCCCUUCAGUUGUCUUGCAGGAAACUUCAGAUGCCUUUGAUUUUGUUUAGUGUACAGACAUGUAUGAAGUUUGAUUCUGGUUGGUGGUCAAUAGUCCCAGGUCCCCUUACUCACUGCUGAGUGCAUUCAAACCCAAAAAGUCACACCUGUGUCCUGUGCGCGGGUGCUGCAGGCUUAGGUGGAGAAAAGCAGGGCUAGAAUUGGAACCCAAAGCCCAGAAUGGCAGGAGAGGAUGUGGGGGCUCCACCCGAUCACCUCUGGGUUCACCAAGAGGGUAUCUACCGCGACGAAUACCAGCGCACGUGGGUGGCCGUCGUGGAAGAGGAGACGAGUUUCCUAAGGGCGCGAGUCCAGCAAGUUCAGGUUCCCUUAGGUGACGCAGCUAGGCCAAGUCACCUUCUUACCUCCCAGCUACCUCUCAUGUGGCAACUCUACCCAGAGGAGCGCUACAUGGACAACAACUCUCGCUUGUGGCAGAUACAGCAUCAUUUAAUGGUCAGGGGAGUACAGGAGCUGUUGCUUAAGCUUUUGCCUGAUGAUUAACCUGGUGCUGGGAUUCUAGGAAGAUAUGCUCCUUUGUUCUGUUCAGUAUAUGGCAAUCACUUCAUCCACUACUGCAGUGCACCCACCCUUGUGCCUGGCGGGAGGGAGUGGGUUGAAAAACUGCUCACAAAACAAGUUUAGGAAGGGUCAUGA